CGGAUUGGAUGGAGAUGAGAUGGAGAGCCCUGAAGGCCUCUGCCCACUCGUUAAUUUGCAGCACAGCGCGUCCUCGGAUGCUGCGCCUCCGCUCCUCUCUGCUUCCACUGCGCAGCCGCGGCUUCUCCCGGACGCAGGACGCCGAGCUGUCAGAUAGAAAAAUGGCCCUUGAUCAUUUGAUUUUCGCCCAGUGCAUCCUUUAUUUUUUAGCCUUUGUGUUCGGUUUCAUCGCCGUAGUGCCGCUGUCGGAAAACACAGAGGAUUUCAGCGGGAAAUGCCUGCUGUUCACGCGGGGGAUGUGGCAGAACGAGAACAUCACGGUGUCGAAGCAGCGGUUCAUCGUGGAGGAAUGGGGACCCGAGUCCUGCUGCAGCUUCACCACCUUUAUCGGGAUAGCCUCCCUCAUCUUGUCCGCACUGCAGGCGUGGAGGCUGCUUUUCUUUUUGUGCAAAGGACACGACGACUCAUUUUUUAACGCCUUCCUCAACCUGAUGAUCAGCUCUCUGAUGAUGUUCACAGUUUUUCUAUCCAGCACCAUAGUGAGCGUGGGUUUCAACCUGUGGUGCGAUGCAAUCACUGAGAGUGGGACCAUGCCUAGCAGCUGUGAAGAUCUGCAGGAUACAGAUCUAGAACUGGGUCUGGACAACUCUGCUUUUUAUGACCAGUUUGCAAUAGCUCAGUUCGGCCUCUGGGCUGCGUGGCUUAGUUGGCUCGGGAUCUCAGUGUUGGCCUUCCUGAAGGUCUACCACAACUACAGACAAGAGGACAUGCUGGACUCCCUGAUCCACGAGAAGGAACUGCUGCUCGGCCGCUCGUCACACCGUGACUCAGACCUCAGUACCGGCAUGAUCUAAAACCUGUCUGCUGCUCAAACACACAGACACACACAUUCACACUCAAUCCCAACGUCCUCCCACGCGCCAGGAGAAAACCCCAACGCUUACCCGUGGAGACAACCAGAAUCAGUUGGCUUUUGCAUCCAUUUUUCUUUAGAUGUAACUCAUAUUCACUCAAUAAUCUGCUGAUAGUUGUUAAUCUAUGUAUGUACUAACCAAGUUAUAUCAAGGAGUUGAUUAAAGAGUAUUUAAUAUGUUAUGUAAAUUGUGUUUAAGCCAUUAGGUUUAGUGGAACUGGUUGAAGUAACUUGGUUAAGUAUUUAACAACACAGUCUUAACGAUCUGGGCAAUUUGGCCGAUGAGUCACACUUUCUUUUUCUAAAACCUUUGCAUGGAUCUAAUGCAUGAUAAAUAAUGAGUUGUUUUUAUUUAAUGUGGAAAGGUGUUAUUUUCUUCCUUGCACAAAUAAAAGUGCUCCCGAGGUAUAGCUUCUGAUUAGAAAAGAGAUCGGCGAAAGGAGAAUUAUUUGCAUGCUGGGAAAAAUUGAUUUAGCAGCACACAGAAGCUAAAAAGGUGUUUUAUAAAAAUGACAAUUUGCAGCUUUUAGCAUUUAAAGUAACACAUUCUAAUAUCUGUCGAUGAAGCUACAAAUAUAAUCUGCACUAUGGUCAGGGGCGCUGUAAAGCGGUGAAAGAUUUGGAAGAUUCUAAGGGCCCACAGCUGUCAGGGGCCCAAAAAAGUUUCAAAGUUGAACAAAAAAAAAAUUAAGUUUAAAAAUCACUAGUACUUUACUUUGCAGUAUUUUUUCUCAUUUAAGACAUUAAACAAACAGUCUUUUAGUCUUUAUGAAAUGUAUAUUUAUUCAGAGGUCCCUACUUUAUUUUGACUAAUUAAUUUGAAACAUGGUGAAAAUGAUAUGUAAAUAAUUGAGAAUGCAUGUAGACCUACAUAAUUAAGCAAAACUGAAACACUAAUAUAAAGUAUAUAUAUUAUAUUUUUUUCUCCCUUUGAAUCUGGGAGGGUGGAACCCCAGCUCCAGCUAUAGAUGAGCCCCCAGGGGGCUCAACUUGAUAUUUCUUCAUGGGGCCCAAAAUAUCUGGCAGCCCCCCUGACUAUGGCAUAUACCUACAUGCACCGCUGUGUCACAUCACAUCCCAGCCAGUCAGAAGGAGCACAGGGAGACACUGGAGGCAAUGACAGUUUUUAUUCAGAACAAGUGAAAUCAUAAAGGGACUGGAACUAAGAAAAGGCACUUCUUCCAAAGUGGCCGUAAGUGUUCAGACAGCAGUGAAAAGCAGCUACGUGUUCAUACAAGAGACAGGAGUUCACUUUUAUUGCUAAUGAUGAUUCGGUAUGACAGUACAGAGUGACAAGUGCUCCUUUAUAUUGCUUUGAAAUUCAGAUGUGAGAUCUGAACCAUCAGUUUUAAGUUCCCUGAAACUUGUUGCCGUUCUGAUGGAAACCGUGCUAUUAUUGCUCAUAGAGGUAUGUGAGUCAUGCGUCACUGUACCGGUUUGGCUCCUACGAUCUGUCCGUGUGGCGGUCUGGCUGUUUUUUAUUCAUAAAGGGACUCAAACACACAAUAAAUUCAGCAUCUGGCUCUCUUA